UUUCGCCUCGCCAACGACGCUUCGCUCGCGUCCCUCUCUCCGCCUCCAGCAUGUCAUCCUCGGAUAGCCCAAAAGGGACAGAAAAAAAAGCGGACGCAGACCAUGACGGAGAAAAUGGAGGAUUCUUUGACAAGGUAAAGGAUUUCAUCCAAGACAUUGGUGAAAAGAUUGAAGAAGCAGUUGGCUUUGGAAAGCCUACCGCGGACGUUACUGGAAUCCACAUACCACAGAUAAGUCUUGAGCAGGUAGAGUUAAUUGCGGAUGUCCUAAUUGAAAACCCAAACCCUGUGCCCAUCCCUCUUGUCGACAUCGAGUACCUGAUUGAAAGCGAAGGGAGGAAGCUUGUCUCCGGAACAAUUCCGGACGCUGGAACCAUCCAUGCCCAUGGUUCAGAGACUGUAAAGAUCCCUGUGCUGCUCAUCUUCGACGACAUCAAGAGCACAUACGGGGACAUCAAGUCUGGGAGCAUCAUCCCAUACACUGUUAAAGUUGUUCUCCACGUGGACGUCCCAGUCAUCGGUAGGAUCUCAAUACCUCUCGAGAAAACUGGUGAGAUCCCGGUGCCUUACAGACCAGACGUUGAUAUCAGCAAAAUCAAGUUUGAGCAGUUUUCCUUCGAGGAGGCGACCGCUACUCUACAUCUGAAUCUGGAUAACAAGAAUGACUUCGACUUGGGGCUGAAUUCCAUGGAUUACGAGGUGUGGCUCUCCAAUGUGAGCAUUGCCUCUGCUGAGAUGAAAGAGUCUGCAAACAUCAAGAAGCAGGAAGUAACCACCAUGAACUUGCCAAUCAGCUUCAGGCCUAAGGAUUUUGGGUCUGCUAUGUGGGAUAUGAUAAGGGGAAAGGGCACUGGUUACACCAUAAAGGGGAAUAUUGAUGUGAACACUCCCUUUGGACACAUGAAGAUACCUAUAUGCAAAGAGGGUGGAACUACUCGCCUAAAGAAGGGAGAUGACGAUGAUGAUAACGAUGAGGACUAAAUGCAAAGUCUUUUGUGGAACAGAGUUGAUGCUUUAAAGUUUUGAGAAGAGGCGACCUCUGACUCCUGAGCACCUAGUUUGCUAACCAAGUUCUUAUUUGCUCUGCUUCAUUGUACCUAGUGAAAAAAUAUUGUGAUAUACAUGGUCGUGUAACUUUGUAUUCACCUUGGGCUU